UCUCACAAAAAUAACCCCGUCACCCUACUUUCCAUAAUCGACAUUCAAAAAACCCGCUCCUUUAUUUUCCCCUUUUCUCCAUUUUGGCGCGGAUUUUCAAAAUCCCCCAAAUUCCGUCUUAGAGGGAAUUUCAAAUCCCCAAACCUAACCCUAACCUAAUUUUCCCUCCUCUUUAAAUAACUCCACAUCUUUUCCAUUUCUUCUACGCGCCUCAAACCCAACCCUAAACCUGUUUGUCAAAAGUCCUCACAGAAAAAAUGUAUGUGGUGAAGAGAGAUGGGAGACAAGAGACUGUUCAUUUCGAUAAGAUAACGGCGAGAUUGAAGAAACUGAGUUAUGGGUUGAGCAUUGAUCACUGUGACCCCGUUUUGGUGUCGCAGAAAGUUUGUGCUGGUGUUUAUAAGGGUGUUACCACUAGCCAACUCGAUGAAUUGGCGGCGGAAACCGCUGCUGCUAUGACUACUAAUCAUCCUGAUUAUGCAUCUUUGGCUGCAAGAAUUGUUGUCUCGAAUCUGCACAAGAAAACGAAAAAAUCAUUUUCAGAGACGAUCAAAAUCAUGUACAAUCAUUUUAAUGAAAGAUCUGGGCUGAAGGCUCCUUUGAUUGCUGAUGAUGUUUAUGAUAUCAUAAUGAAGAGUGCUGCUCGUCUGGACAGUGAGAUCAUUUACGACCGGGACUUUGAAUAUGAUUACUUUGGUUUCAAGACCUUGGAAAGGUCAUACCUCUUAAAAGUCCAAGGGGUGGUUGUUGAAAGACCUCAACACAUGUUGAUGAGGGUUGCUGUUGGAAUUCACAAAGAUGAUAUUGAUUCAGUUAUCAAAACCUACCAUUUGAUGUCUCAACGAUGGUUCACACAUGCUUCUCCUACCCUGUUUAAUGCUGGGACGCCAAGGCCCCAAUUGAGCAGCUGCUUUUUGGUGUGCAUGAAGGAUGAUAGCAUUGAAGGUAUUUAUGAUACUCUAAAGGAAUGUGCUGUCAUCAGCAAAUCUGCUGGAGGAAUUGGUGUGUCUAUUCACAAUAUUCGUGCUACUGGUAGCUACAUUCGUGGAACAAAUGGCAUGUCUAAUGGUAUUGUUCCAAUGUUACGGGUGUUCAAUGAUACUGCUCGCUAUGUUGAUCAAGGUGGAGGCAAGAGGAAAGGUGCUUUUGCUGUGUACUUGGAACCAUGGCAUGCAGACAUAAUGGAGUUUAUGGAUCUUAGGAAGAACCAUGGGAAGGAGGAGAACCGAGCUCGGGAUUUAUUCUUUGCCCUUUGGGUACCUGAUCUUUUUAUGGAAAGAGUUCAAAGUAACGGUGAUUGGUCAUUAUUUUGUCCUAAUGAGGCACCGGGUUUGGCGGAUUGUUGGGGCGAAGAGUUUGAGAAAUUGUACACCCAAUAUGAGAAGCAGGGCAAGGCAAAGAAGGUUGUCAAAGCACAGAAUCUAUGGUUUGAAAUUCUAACAUCCCAGAUUGAAACUGGGACUCCUUAUAUGCUGUUUAAGGAUUCUUGCAAUAGGAAAAGCAAUCAGCAGAAUCUUGGUACUAUUAAAUCUUCUAAUUUGUGUACUGAGAUUAUCGAGUAUACAAGUCCAACUGAGACAGCUGUGUGCAAUCUGGCAUCAAUUGCCUUGCCUCUGUUUGUUAGAGAAAGGGGGGUUCCAGUGGAGUCUCACCCGACCAAGCUUGUUGGAAGCAGAGGUUCCAAGAAUAGAUAUUUUGACUUUGAAAAACUAGCAGAGGUUACAGAAGUGGUUACAUGCAAUCUUAACAAAAUCAUUGAUGUUAAUUAUUAUCCGGUUGAAAAUGCAAAAAGGUCAAACUUUCGACAUAGGCCCAUUGGCAUUGGGGUUCAGGGUCUUGCAGAUGCCUUCAUCUUACUUGGAAUGGCGUUUGAUUCACCAGAGGCUCAACAACUGAAUAAGGAGAUAUUUGAAACUAUUUAUUACCAUGCUCUGAAAGCAUCUUGUGAGUUAGCUGGCAGAGACGGCCCUUAUGAAACGUAUGCUGGUAGUCCUGUAAGCAAGGGAAUUCUGCAGCCCGACAUGUGGGGUGUAACUCCAUCUGGUCGGUGGAACUGGGAUGCUCUUAGAGAAUUGAUUUCUAAGAAUGGAGUUAGAAAUUCUCUCCUCGUGGCACCAAUGCCAACUGCUUCAACCAGUCAGAUUCUUGGAAACAAUGAAUGCUUUGAGCCAUAUACAUCUAACAUCUAUAGUCGCAGGGUUUUGAGUGGUGAAUUUGUUGUUGUGAACAAACAUCUUCUUAAUGACUUAACUGAGAUGGGUGUUUGGACUCCGACUCUCAAGAAUAAAAUAAUUAAUGAGAAUGGAUCUGUUCAGAACAUUCCUGAAAUUCCUGAUGAUUUAAAGCUUAUUUACAAGACUGUUUGGGAGAUCAAGCAAAAGACGCUGGUCGAUAUGGCAGUUGAUCGUGGAUGCUAUAUAGAUCAGAGUCAAAGCCUUAAUAUACACAUGGAACAACCAAAUUUUGGCAAACUAACUUCAUUGCACUUUUAUGCUUGGUCUAAGGGUCUAAAAACGGGAAUGUAUUAUCUGCGGUCACGUGCUGCAGCUGAUGCCAUCAAGUUCACUGUUGAUACUGAUCUUCUUCUUAAAGACAAGGAGCAGAAGGAUAACGCUGUUGUUGACGAUGAGACCAAAAUGGCGCAGAUGGUUUGUUCUCUUACUAACCCUGAAGAAUGCAUGGCUUGUGGAAGUUAGAGCAUUUGAGAAAACAUGUCAUUUGGUUCUAAUGUUAUUUCUUGAUGUUUUAUUACACAAGAAAUUUGGUGAAAUUAGGUGUUCUUAGAGAAUUUUAGUAUACCAGUUAUAAAAAGUAAAACUAAUAAUUAUAUAUAAAUAUUAGCUAUUGUAUAGGUUUAGUCUUUUCUUGAAAUUAGGUAGUUGCAUUCUCCAGUUUGUAUAUGUAAUUUGAAUUCCAGCUACUGUUAUAGAAUUUGCUUAUUUCCAGAA